AUGUUCUUCUCCAAGGCCCUUGUUCUCGCCGUUGCUGGCACUGCUCUCGCCGCUCCGAGUGGUGGUAUCGAAGCUUCUGGUCUAGAGAAGCGCGGGCCAGAGACCAUCCACUUCGCCGAUUGCGUCACCUAUCUGGCUAUCGACUAUUACGCCGACGAUGAUAAUAGCAACUCUUUCCCCGGGAACAGCAACGAAUGCGUUACAAACAGUUUCCGCGAGGGCAGCUCCGGCUCUUGCAGCUACAGCACCGGCGUGAAGCUCUCGUACAACCUCAUCAGCGGUGCUAAAUCCAAGUCGGCCAACACUUACGUGGGAUCUGCCAACAAUAGUUUCAAGACAUUCGCAUGCAAGAGGGGCAGCGACCGAGUCUUGUAUGUAGAUGGCAAUGGCCACGCGUGCAAGGACACAUACUACUGCCGAUGGGACAUUACUGACAUUGGCUUUUCAGCCUUGAAUUCCCUGAAUCACUUUGUGACAGUCCAUGAUUCUUUGAAUUGUGUCCGAAGAGGUUCAAGCAUCUUGACACCUUGGUGA